GUGUUCGUCGGGCGCGUGACCAACUACGGCCAUGGCUGGGCCAGGGGCUGCUUUCCGCCGGUUGGGUGCUUUGUCCGGAGCCGGGGCCUUAGGCUUGGCCUCCUACGGGGCGCACGGCGCCCAGUUCCCGGAUGCCUACGGAAAGGAGCUCUUUGACAAGACCAACAAACACCACUUCUUACACAGCCUGGCCCUGUUAGGGGUGCCCCACUGCAGAAAGCCCCUCUGGGCCGGGUUACUGCUAGCCUCUGGAACCACCUUAUUCUGCACCAGCUUUUACUACCAGGCUCUGAGUGGAGAUCCCAGCGCCCAGACUUUGGCCCCUGUGGGAGGGAGCCUGCUACUCUUGGGCUGGCUUGCCUUGGCUCUUUGAGCUUCCUUGUGUUUAAUUUCUGGGUACUUUUUUGAGAGUUGGAGCAGGGAGGGGAUUAAAAGAGAAAGGCAAAUAAAGAA